CUGAUCCCUGAGAUUUCCGUUAAUAUUCCGUCUUUCCUUCACCGUUUCCCGUGUCCUCCGGUUGUCUGCGGCACCGGGAGCAGCUCCGGGUGCGUGCCGGGCCGUGGCGCCUCUCCUCCGGCUCAGAGCCGCAGCAGCAGUCGGUGUGUGAUGGAGCGGAUGCGGGUUUUCUCCGGUGAUAAAGCGGCGGUGUAAUCUCCGGAUCCAGCAUCGAACAGACGGCGCCGGGAUUUUCUGUCAUUUCCUCCAGAAGCUUCAGUUUGAAUGAGGUUUUCAGUUUGAGCUGCGGACCCUCGGUUCAUGUCCGGGUUCUGCUCAGGAACCAACAUGUGCUCCGAACAUUAUUCUGAGCAUUUUAUUCUGAAAUCUUACCUUCGCGUCUUGUGACCUUCAAACAGAAUUCUGGGAAUGUUCCGGUUUGGAUCAGAAAACAUUCUAACAGAACGUCCUCUGCAAAACGGUUCCUGGAGGUUCCUGUUGGUUCCUGAAGGUUCCUGGUGUUUCCUGAAGGUUCAUAUUGGUUCUUGAAGGGUCCUAUUAGUCCCUCUUGGUUCCUGAGUGUUCCUCUUGGUUACUGGUGGUUCCUGAAGGUUCCCGAAAGUCCCUGAAGGUUCCUGUGGGUUCUUGAAGGCUCCUAUUGUUUCCUCAAGGUUCCUGUUGGUUUUUAAGGGUUCCUGUUGUUGCCUGAAGGUUCAUCCUGUUUCCUGAAGGGUCCUAUUGGUUCCUGUUGGUUCCUGAAGGGUCCUAUUGGAUCUUGAAGGGUUCUAUUGGUACCUGAAGGUUCCUGUUGGUUCUUGAAGGGUCCUAUUGGUUCCUGAAGGUUCCUGUUGGUUCUUGAAGGGUCCUAUUGGGUCCUGUUGGUUCCUGAAGGGUCCUAUUGGAUCUUGAAGGGUCCUAUUGGUUCCUGUUGGUUCCUGAAGGUUCCUGUUGGUUCUUGAAGGGUCCUAUUAGUCCUGUUGGUUCCUGAAGGGUCCUAUUGGAUCUUGAAGGGUUCUAUUGGUACCCGAAGGUUCCUGUUGGUUCCUGAAGGGUCCUAUUGGUUCCUGUUGGUUCCUGAAGGGUCCUAUUGGUUCCUGUUGGUUCCUGAAGGGUCCUAUUGGUAGCUGUUGGUUCCUGAAAGGUUGUUUUGGUUCCGGUUGGUUCCUGUUAGAACUGUUCUGGUCACAUGUAAAGAACCUUUCAAGAACCAUGUAAUGAUACAAUAAUAAAGUCACAUUCUAGCUUUUUUAACCUAAAACAAUGAACACAAAUAUUUUAAAUAUUGAAUCUGUACAAAUUUGAAUAAUGACGUGUUUAGACUUUUAAUGUCAUUUAAAGUCAAAUAUCACAGAUGUCAAAAUUACAAAAAAGAUAUUUUACAAGAUUAUGAAAAAUGGUAUUGAGCCCUGAAUAGUUUUCCUAUAAUGUGUAAGAAUAUUGUCUCAUCGUCAUUUCAAAAAUUAAACACCUUUAAAAAAAAAUACAUAAAUAUAUUUUCCUCAUGAAACUGCACAAAUGAUAUAUUAUUUGUUGAAAAGAGGUAAAUUUCAACAUUACUGUGGUCAAACCUUUUCUUUCAAAUCAAAACCGUACAAUUUCCUGACAGUUCCACAAAAAUUCAGUAAUUUCAGUUUUUAAAUCAAAAAGUUUUGGAUACAUUAAUAUAUAUUUACAUUGUAAACAAACAGUAACAAAUUAUUCAGAUAAAAUAAACGUGUUUGUUUGGUGGAUUUUUAAAAAACUACUGGAUUUUAAUUUAGUCGUCUGAUAAUAAACCUUUUAUUAAAUGUUAUCAAAUGAUAUUAUAAUGUUCUUAAAGUAACAGUAUAUUAAUGAAAUUAACAAUCAGAUGAGCUGCUUAAUUCAGAUGAAGUUUUGAAAAUUAAUUAAUUUAAUUAAAAUGUGUGUAUAUAAAGUGAUUUAAAGAAAAUAUAUUGUUUUUGUAUCUGUAAACUCAGAUUUCCUCCAGUGUCAUAUUUGUGUACGAACUCGAAACAAGAUUUUAAAGUGAUCGAUUGAUCAAUGUUUGAUAUUUUACCUCAAACCUUUUCUUUAGGUUACGAUGAUUUAGGAUUUAACGAUAUCUUGUUUCCUACGAAAAAAAUCUCUAACAAAAUAUAGAUGUUAGUAUGUUUAGAUUUUUUUUAACCUUUCAUACAUUUACAACAGAAUUACAUUUAUUUUUGUAUUUUUAUUUCUCCUCAGAUUAAACUUGUUUUAUUCGAGCUCUAGUGAUUUAAUUGUUCGUUGGACAAAGUUAAAGUACAACACAAGAUAAACACGCUCACUUUAUCUCCAAUGGAAAGUUUUUACAGUGAAUCUUUAAUUCCAUGUUUCCUCAAAUUCUCAGUGUCGUCAGUUUGAAGCACAAAUUUGUGUUUUUAGCACAAGCUGCAGUUUGGAAUCAUGGGAAGUGUAGUUGGAUGUUAAAGAGACGGCAGUGACGGACCACAGCUCCCAGCAGCCUUGGAGUUGGAUGAAAGAGGAUUGGAACGUUUUGGUGGCAGAUGCGACAUCAGUCUUUGAUCUUCUCAGAACAGAUCAAACGGAGAAGACGCUAGUUUUUAAUUUCUUUCCCGGAUGUUUACAUCACGUUCCCGGUUCUGACGGAACAUGUCGGAUAAGACUGCUCCUCGGUGUCAGCUGAGGCUGGAGUGGAUCUACGGAUACAGAGGUCAUCAGUGCCGGAACAACCUGUUCUACACCGCAGGAAAAGAAGUGGUGUACUUCGUGGCCGGGGUUGGUGUUGUCUACAACACCCGAGAACACACCCAGAAGUUCUACCUGGGACACAACGAUGACAUCAUCAGUCUAUCGAUCCAUCCAGAUAAGGUCCAGGUGGCGACGGGUCAGGUGGGUAAGGACCCGUACAUCUGUAUCUGGGACACGUACGCCAUGCAGACCGUCUCCAUCCUGAGGGACGUCCACACACACGGAGUCGCCUGUCUCGCCUUCAACUCUGACGGACAGCGGCUGGCGUCGGUCGGUCUGGACGCCAAGAACACAGUGUGUGUUUGGGAUUGGAGGAGAGGAAGAGUUGUCGCCACGGCGACCGGACACUCGGACAGAAUCUUUGACGUGACGUGGGAUCCGUUCCAGUCCAGUCGACUCGUCAGCUGUGGAGUCAAACACAUCAAGUUCUGGAUUCUCUGUGGAAAUGCUCUGACUCCAAAACGAGGGAUCUUUGGGAAGACGGGCGACCUGCAGACCAUCCUGUGUGUCUGUGCAGCUAAAGACGAGCUGACGUACUCUGGAGCUCUGAACGGAGAUGUUUACGUGUGGAGAGGAGUCACUCUGAUCAGAACUGUACAGGCUGCACACGGGGCAGGGAUCUUCAGCAUGCACGCCUGUGAGGAAGGAUUUGCCACCGGAGGACGGGACGGCUGCAUCAGACUGUGGGACGUCGACUUCAAACCCAUCACCAAGAUCGACCUGAGAGAGGCGGAGCAGGGAUACAAAGGUCUGUCGAUCCGCAGUGUUUGCUGGAAGGCUGACCGGAUCCUGGCAGGGACUCAGGACAGCGAGAUCUUCGAGGUCAUGGUCCGAGACAGGGACAAACCAGUUCUGCUGAUGCAAGGUCACAGCGAGGGCGAGCUGUGGGCACUCGACCUGCAUCCCAAACAACCGGUCGCUGUCACUGGGAGUGACGACCGCUCUGUCAGGCUUUGGAGUCUUCCUGACCACACUCUGCUAGCUCGCUGUAACAUGGAGGAAUCUGUUCGUAGUGUUUCCUUCAACAACGACGGCUCUCAGCUCGCUCUCGGCAUGAAAGACGGAUCCUUCACCGUGCUGCGUGUCAGGGACAUGACAGAGGUCGUACACAUCAAAGACAGGAAGGAGGUGAUCCAUGAGCUCAAGUUUUCUCCAGAUGGUUCCUUCCUGGCGGUGGGAUCAAACGAUGGGCUGGUGGAUAUCUACGCCGUUGGCCAGCGCUAUAAGAAGGUGGGUGAGUGUUGUCGUUCCACCUCCUUCAUCACCCACUUGGACUGGUCGGUCGACAGUCGCUUCCUGCAGACCAAUGACGGUGCUGGAGAACGGCUCUUCUACAGGAUGCCAGCAGGUAAGCUGGUUCCUAAAGAGGAGGCGAAGGGGAUCCACUGGAUGACGUGGACGGGCGUUGUUGGGGCUGAAGUGAAUGGUAUAUGGCCCAAAUACUCCACCAUCUCUAAUGUGAACUCUGUGGAUGCCAACUACAGCAGUGCUGUGUUGGUGACUGGAGACGACCUCGGCCUCGUCAAACUCUUCAGGUUCCCCUGCCUGAAGAAAGGAGCGAAAUUCAAGAAGUACAUUGGUCACUCUGCACAUGUGACCAAUGUUCGCUGGUCCAAUGACCUGCAGUGGGUGGUCAGCACUGGUGGCGCUGACCACGCAGUCUUCCAGUGGAGAUUCCUGCCUGAAGGCGUCAUGAAUGGUGUUUUGGAGCCGCUUCUACAAGAGGGUUACGCUGACUCCAACAGUGGUGAGUCGGACUCGGACCUAUCGGACGUCCCAGAGCUGGACUCGGACAUCGAACAGGAAGCUCAGACGAGCUACGAACGCCAGGUGUAUAAGGAAGACCUGCCUCAGCUGAGGAAGAAGCUGAUUGGCUCUCUGAAGCGGCAGAAAUCUCCGGAGGAGGGGCUUCGUCUGCAGUUUGUUCAUGGGUAUCGGGGGUUCGACUGUCGUAACAACCUGUUCUACAGUCAGACGGGCGAGGUGGUGUACCAUGUGGCCGCAGUCGCCAUCGUUUACAACCGGUUGCAGCACAGUCAGAGGUUUUACCUCGGCCAUGACGACGACAUCCUCGGCCUCACCGUCCACCCACUCAAAGACUACGUGGCCUCCGCACAGGUGGGCAGAGACCCAGCCGUCCACGUUUGGGACGUCCAGACCCUGAAGUGUUUAUCACUGCUGAAGGGACACCACAGCAGAGGAGUGUGUGCCCUGGAGUUCACAGCCGAUGGGAAGAGUUUGGUUUCAGUCGGAAUCGAUGAUUGUCACUCCAUCGUUAUUUGGGACUGGAAGAAAGGAGAGAGGCUGGCCAAGGCCAGGGGCCACAAGGAGAAGAUCUUCGUGGUGAAGAGUAACCCCUUCAGGAUGGACAAGCUGGUGACUGUGGGGAUGAAACACAUCAAGUUCUGGCAACAUUCAGGGGGCGGUCUGACAUUUAAACGAGGGAUAUUUGGGAACCUGGGGAAACAAGAGACCAUGAUGUCUGCGUGUUAUGGUCGAUCCGAGGACCUGGUUUUCUCCGGAGCCACGAACGGAGACGUUUACAUCUGGAGAGACACAACUCUGAUCAAGACCAUCAAAGCCCACGACGGCCCGGUGUUCGCCAUGUGCUCCCUCGACAAGGGUUUUGUGACGGGGGGGAAGGACGGAAUCGUGGAGCUGUGGGACGACAUGUUUGAGAGAUGUUUGAAGACGUACGCCAUCAAGAGAGCCGCUCUGUCUCCGUCUUCUAAAGGUUUGCUGCUGGAGGACAACCCGUCCAUCAGAGCCAUCACCCUGGGACACGGUCACAUCCUGCUGGGAACCAAAAAUGGAGAAAUCCUGGAGAUCGACAAGAGCGGACCCAUGACCCUGCUGGUUCAGGGGCACAUGGAGGGCGAGGUUUGGGGUUUGGCGGCUCACCCUCUACUUCCUGUCUGCGCCACCGUCAGUGACGACAAAACUCUGAGGAUCUGGGAGCUGUCAGCCAAUCACCGCAUGGUCGCUGUCCGCAAACUGAAGAAAGGGGGGCGGUGCUGUGCCUUCUCUCCUGACGGGAAAGCCCUGGCCGUCGGUCUGAACGACGGCAGCUUCCUGGUGGUGAACGCCGACACUCUGGAGGACAUGGUGACUUUCCACCACCGCAGAGAGCUUAUCUCCGACAUCCGUUUCUCCCAAGAUGCAGGGAAGUACCUGGCAGUGGCGUCCCAUGAUUCCUUUGUGGACAUUUACAACGUCCUGACCAGUAAGAGAGUUGGCAUCUGUAAAGGAUCCGGCAGCUACAUCACUCACAUCGACUGGGACUCCAGAGGUAAACUACUGCAGGUGAACACCGGAGCUAAAGAGCAGCUGUUCUUCGAGGCUCCACGAGGACGUAAACAGAACAUCAGUGUGGCUGAGUUUGAGAAGCUGGAUUGGGCGAGCUGGACGUCAGUCCUGGGUCCGACUUGUGAGGGAAUAUGGCCGACGCUCAGCUUCGUUAAUGCUGCCUCCCUCACCAAAGAUCGCAAGCUGCUCGCCACCGGAGACGACUUCGGGUUCCUCAAACUGUUCAGCUUCCCGUCCAGGGGCCAGUUUGCGAAGUUUAAGAAGUACGUGGGUCACAGCACCAACGUCACGAAUGUCCGAUGGUCCAAUGACGACUCCGUGCUGCUGUCAGUGGGCGGGGCCGACACAGCACUGAUGAUCUGGAGCAGAGAGCCACCGGGACACAAAGAGAGUAAAGCUGUGGACAGCGAGGAGUCGGACGACGACACUGAGGAGGACGGAGGUUACGACAGCGAUGUGGCGCGGGAGAAGGUGGUGGACUACGUCACAAAGAUCUACUCUCCCAACAUCAGGAACAUGUCAGGAACCAAACCUCACCUGCAGCACAAAGAGCUUCCUGUGGAGGAGAGGCCUCCAGUGAGUCGAGCGGCACCACUGCCGGACAAACUGCUGAAGAACAACGUGACCAAGAAGAAGAAGGUGGUGGAGGAGCUGGUAUUGGAGCACGUCUUCGGGUACAGAGGCUUCGACUGUCGCAACAACCUGCAUUACCUCAACGACGGUGCUGACAUCAUCUUUCACACGGCCGCCGCUGUGGUGAUCCAGAACCUGUCCGCCGGAAGUCAGAGUUUCUACCUGGAACACACCGACGACAUCCUCUGUCUCACUGUCAAUCAACAUCCCAAAUACCAAAACAUCAUCGCCACGGGACAGAUCGGUGACAUCACCGACCUGCCAGAGGCUGAAGUGUCCGGCCUGUCGCCAUCCAUCCAUGUGUGGGACGCCAUGACAAAGCAGACGCUGUCCAUCCUCCGCUGUUCCCAUGCGAAAGGUGUCGGCUAUGUCAACUUCAGCGCUACAGGAAAGCUGCUGCUGUCCGUGGGAGUGGAACCUGAACACACCAUCACCGUGUGGAGGUGGCAGGAAGGCACCAGGGUGACCAGUAAAGGUGGCCACGCUGAGCGCAUCUUCGUCGUGGAGUUCAGACCCGACUCCGACACCCAGUUUGUGUCAGUAGGAAUUAAACACAUCAAGUUCUGGACUCUGGUUGGAGGUUCACUUGUUUACAAGAAAGGUGUGAUCGGCUCAGUGGAGGACGGCCGCAUGCAGACCAUGCUGUCUGUGGCGUUUGGUGCAAACAACCUGACCUUCACUGGUGCCAUAAAUGGAGACGUAUUUGUGUGGAGGGAGCACUUCCUUGUUCGGGUGGUGGCAAAGGCGCACAGCGGUCCGGUCUUCACCAUGUACACCACCCUGAGGGACGGACUCAUCGUCACGGGCGGGAAGGAACGACCGACUAAAGAAGGGGGCGCUGUGAAGCUGUGGGACCAGGAGAUGAAACGCUGCCGAGCAUUUCAACUGGAGACGGGUCAGCCGGUGGAGAACGUCCGGUCGGUCUGCAGAGGGAAGGGGAAGAUCCUGGUGGGAACUAAAGAUGGAGAGAUCAUAGAGGUUGGAGAGAAGAAUGCAGCCUCCAACACAAUGAUCAACGGCCACACUCAGGGGGGAAUCUGGGGUUUGGCAACUCACCCUUUCAAAGACGUCUUUAUCUCCGCCAGUGACGACGGGACCAUCAGGAUAUGGGACCUGGCUGAUAAGAAACUUCUCAACAAGGUGAGUUUGGGUCAUCCUGCCAAGUGCACGUCCUACAGCCCCAACGGAGAGAUGGUUUCUAUCGGCAUGGAGAACGGCGAGUUCAUCGUCCUGCUCGUCAACUCCCUCACUGUCUGGGGCAAGAAGAGAGACCGCAGCGUCGCCAUAGAGGACAUAAGGUUCAGUCCAGAUAACCGGUUCCUGGCAGUGGGUUCAGUUGAAAGUGCUGUGGAUUUUUACGACCUUUCUCUUGGACCGUCCCUCAACCGGAUCGGUUACUGUAAGGACGUCCCCGGCUUUGUGAUCCAGAUCGACUUCUCUGCGGACAGCAAACACAUCCAGGUGUCCACCAGCACCUACACCAGGCAGGUGCAUGAAGUUCCCUCAGGGAAGAUGGUAACGGAGCAGUCCAUCAUAGAGAGGAUCACCUGGGCAACCUGGACCAGCGUCCUGGGGGACGAGGUUCUCGGGGUCUGGCCUCGUAACGCUGAAAAGGCGGAUGUGAACUGUGCUUGUGUUUCCCACGCCGGCGUCAACCUGGUGACAGGAGAUGACUUUGGUCUCAUCAAGCUCUUUGACUUCCCCUGCUCCGAAAAAUUUGGGAAACACAAGCGUUACUUCGGUCACUCUGCUCAUGUGACUAACAUUCGCUUCUCCUGUGACGAUAAAUACGUCAUCAGUGCCGGCGGCAGCGACUGCAGUUUAUUUGUGUGGAAAUGUCAGUGAGUCUCGACGUCGUCUUCUCUUGUGAGACUGGAUUCACCUGAGCCUUCGCCUGAUCACAGCAGACAGGAAGUGUGAGCUGACCCGGGUGCAGACGACUUCUACUGUCACGUCUUGUAAAUCCAGAUGUUUUAAUGUGAAACUGAUCUCAAACGUUUGAGAAAGGUGAAGGAGAAACGUUUUUCCGUUUGACCUCGGUAGGGAGGUGGUAGCUGUUUGAUGUAGCCGUGUUUCUGUUUGUCGGGAUGUGCCUUCUUCACAAAGUCUGACCAAACAUUUGAUACAACUUUAUUUAUAACGUUGGUGCUAUGAUCAGAGGUCAUUAGGGCUUUUACAGGUACGGAAGAUAAACAGUGUCGUUGUCUCGUUUGUUUUUGUAACUCGUUCUGUCUGAUGCGGAUGAAGAAGAUGAUGAUGAUGAUGAUGCAGAGUAUUACAGUGAAGUAGAAUAAAUUACAUCAAGAUGGAUCUUUGUUUGAUCCCAGUUAUAAAACCGAAGAAACAGAAAAACUUUUUUUUUAAAUGAAAGAAUUCUACCUCAAAACAGAUGAAGUGAAACUGAAUCAUAUUUAAGGUAGAAAAUAUUUAUUAGAAUUAAAUUGUGAGCAGAACAUGAGUGUGGACGACCUUCUCAUCUUUGUCUCUCCACAGGGUGGCGCUAUGUUUUUUUCUCUGUAUUUAUCUGCUGUAGAAAUAAAUAAAAAAAUGAAAAUGA